AUGCACGCCUUGGUGCUGACUGCCAGCCCGAUGGAAGUGGCAGGCUUCCGCAUACUUCGGCCUGUUCAAAGGCAGGCCGCUGGUCGUGGUACGCAGUUGUCACGCAGAUGCCUCGCCACGCCUCCUGCCCAAGGUCGAGGAGCUCUCGCUGCUGCAACGGCGACGGCCUUCCUUGCUGCCGGCUGCUCGGCCAUUCGGCAGAGUCGGCGCAGAUGGAAGAGGUGCCAGGUGUCACUUGCACGGCCAGCUACUGCGACCGAGAUUGCAGCACCGGAACGCGUACCUGUGAUUCUGCUGAGCGGCUUUUUGGGCACGGGGAAAACCACCUUGCUGCGGCACUGGCUGGAGAACACAACCGAUCGCAUUGGCAUCGUUGUAAACGAUGUUGCUUCCGUCAACAUCGACUCGAAGCUCGUGCAGCAGCAGUCCUACAACUCAGAGGGGGAGGUGAAUGCUAUCCAGCUGGCGAACGGCUGUGCCUGCUGCUCAUUGGGCGAUGAGCUGCUGGUAGACAUCUCUGAUUUGAUCGAACUCUCCGGCGGGGAAAGACCCUUCAAGCAGAUUGUUGUGGAGCUGAGUGGGGUCGCAGAGCCGGAGCGCGUUCGUGAGAACUUCGACUCUGCUCGGGAAGCUGGGUACUAUGUGGUGAAUGGCGUGGAGUUGGGCCAAGUUGUCACAGUGCUUGAUGCCUCAACUUUCUGCGAGGAGUACAUGGAGUACUCGCGGUUGUAUGAGAGAGAAGAUUUGAUGGAUGGCGAUGUGGGAGAGAUGGCCGAGCUGGCAGUGGUCGAGCUGUUAGUUGAGCAGACAGAGGCUGCUGACAUCGUCAUCCUGAACAAGACGGAUCUGGCGACAAAGGAGCAACUCGAUUUAACGCGCGAGGUAGUGAAGGCCAUUAACAAAAAGGCCAGAAUCAUCGAGACCACCUUUGGCAAAGUCGCGCUCCAGGAUGUGCUUGCUGAAGAUCACUCAGAAGCCAGACAUGAUCAUCACGAGCAUGCUCACGAAGAGCACGGCCACGAAGGCCACCAUGACGACUGCCAUGCGGAGCAUGGCCACGAAGAGGAGCACGGCCACGCCCACAGCCACGCUAGCAGCUGCAGCGAGCCAGGGUGCAGCGAUGCCAGUCAUGGCCACAGCCACAGCCAUGCGGAUGACUGCAGCGAUCCGGAUUGCACGGACUCCAGCCACGGUCAUGAUCACGGCCACUCCCAUAGUCACAGCACAACGACCGCCGAGGAUCGGUUUGGGAUUACUUCCUUCACCUACAGAGCACGGCGGCCUCUCAGCGAACAGCGCUUCACGGAGGCCCUGCAAAAGUGGCCGAUUCCAAAACACAACGACCUCAAGCUGAUGCUUGAUGAUGCAGAAACCAAUCCUGGUCACCCUUUGGGCAAAGUCAUCCGCUCGAAGGGCUUCUGCUGGUUGGAAACCCAGCCGUCUACCCGAGUCUAUUGGAGCCAGGCUGGCAAGGACAUGCAGCUUACCUACAAUGGACUUUGGUGGGGCGCGAUGUCACAACAUCAGGUGGUAACGCAGCCUCACCGGCCUGGCUAUGUACUGAUUGCGAUGAGUGAUUUCAUCUCAAUUCAUAUGCUUCGCCACUGCACAGCUCAAGCUCAUGCAGAAGAUGGCUGCUGGGGAGUACGACAGGGCUCGUCGCGAGGACUUCUUGUCCUCAAAACGUGGCCAGUCUUCAGGCGAAGUCCAUAUCUCAAUGAUUCGCUGUCCGCUUUGCCUUGCCAGGACUGGGAUGAUGAGUGGUGUGACCGUCGUCAGGAGCUCGUCUUUAUUGGUCGGCACCUGGACGAGGCUGGGACAACUGGGUUGUUGAACUUCGAUGCCUUGAUCUUUGCGACCCAGGCUGCAAUCUGCAGUAUGCUGGACAAGUGUCUUCUCACCGAUGAUGAGCACCUGGGUGCCGGGAGAUCAGAUCUCACGGUCGUGAUCGUGGGCAGGUCUGACAUGCCAUGCAGCUUCGAAGCAGAGGCCCAGGAACUGGAACUCCCCCGCAGAUUGGCCUUUGUAGCACAGCUCCAUGACUCCAUGAUCCUGUACACCCUUGGCCCGCUCAAGUUGCUUGCGAGUCAUCCCGGCUGCGUGGCCUGGAAACGAGCACUUGUCGACAAGAUUCUGAUUUUGGAGGGGCAUAGCCUUGGAAGUUCCAUUUUCCAGCACAUCACGGUUGACAGCUUGCCUGAGGACGUUGCGCAGGGCACAGGGGGCAACUCGAUCUGGGACUGCUUUCACCUGAGACUCCUGCAGCCUGGCAUCUGCCAAAGCACCUGCCCUCAGGACGGUUUGCACGUUGCAGUACUGUUGCGAAUCGACAGCUUCCCUAUAACACGCAAACUGCUGGUCUUCAAGUCUGUCUUCAAUGAAGUGCUGCUGUUGGCGCUUGAAAUGCGCGCGCUGGAUGAAACAGCACAGCGCCGCUGCUUGCUGCUCCAUGAUCCUGUGCGAGUCGAGGAAGAGCUUCCACAGCUAGGCUGUUUCUUGGUUUGGGGUGAGAAUUAUGGAGACAACUUCAAUGCGUUCAAGAAAACGCACGAGACCGCCUACAAAGUCACAGAAUUUGAUCUGUCCUUGGACAACAUGAGCUUCAGAUUAGGUGCUAUGUGGCCGGAGACCAAGACGCAGGGGAUCUGCGAAGCCGAGGUCGAGUGGCGGGACGGGGAUGCUGUGAUGCGUUUGCAACGGGCGAGCCGAAGAAGAUCCUCUACCGUGGAGCUGGCCUGUUGUGAUGACUCGGCGGCUGAACUCACAGCGAACCCGAAGGUGCCGAAACCGACAGAUGACGGCUUGGGCAGGGCCUCCCAGACACGGCGGAGUCUCGGAGGGGUGCUUUUCGGUGGUGCGGGCUCCCAGGGCCUUAGCUACAACAACGGCAAGAUGAAGAUGGCGCAGCUCCUGCCACAAGAGGAGCCUACUAUGCACAUUUGCAGCCUGUGCUGCCAGAGCAGCCUGACGGAGAUUGCAUCGGAUACUUCGGGCUCCAGCGACUGCAGCGAGGAUGAAGCCAAGAUCGAGAACUCCGAGUCCAUGGCUCCAUCGGCAGUUGGGAGCCGUGGACCAAGCCGGCACAGGUCUCCCCAAGCUCACGGACGUCACGUUGCAGCACCUGCUGUGCACCAUGACCUGUCUUCUACCUGGACAUCUAGAACUCAACGACAGCCCGGCGGGCGAGGCUACGAAAAAGCCCAAGACCCACGAUCGGCGAGGCCUUCGACAUCAUCAGUGCCACCAGCCAUCUUGCCUGCCGGGCGUCCAGUUCGGCUGUCCGCGUCUACUACAGUUCGGAGCAGUCGCACCAGCACCUCGGCACAGCGACCGCAGCGCCCCUCGGUGGUCUCGAGCAGGACCAUGAAGUUGCAUUCCAUACGCAUUCGACAAAUCUCUCCGCCUGUGAUGGCGCGUCCCGGGGAGAGCUCUCGCCGGCCUUCAGUCGUGUCCUCGCGUCGACCGUCCACUGUCAGCAACGCUUCCGUCACUCGGGUGUGUCACGGCUCUCUUGAGGCAUCUACUCGCACCACGGUUCUGGGGAGCAGCCUGGUCUGCAGCACUGCAAGCGGCCGCUCGAUGUCUCCAGUUUGGAUUGCACGGGGCAUGACGGAGGCCAAGCGCCACAGCGCGGUGCCGCAGUCCCGCACCACCUCGCCACUGCUGGGCUCUUCCCUACGCUCUGCGGCCUCAGAGGUGAAGCGCGCACCGCUGGCUCCCUUCAACUGGCAGGUUACCAAGCCCGGGAAGGAUGUCACCAGUCUGGCUAUGCGGACGGUGAGCACCCGCUCGGCGACAUCCUCUGCACCAUCGUCUUCAUCAACUCCGAUUGUGCCCCUGUCCGGCAUGUCACUCCCGAUGACCAAUGAGCAGGCGUCAGAUGCGGCUGAAGCUGUCGGUGGCAUCACUGCAGGCAGAAAGAACGUCCGAUUCUGUUCGAGCCCGGAAGAGGCCUUGGAUCCGAAGGCAGAUCUCGAGGAGGAGAAGGUGGGCGGUGCCGCAGAGAAGCAGCUGGCAGCAGGACGUACGCCAAGCUACGGAGGAGCUUGA